GUUUGUCUAUACCAUUGGAAUGCUCUUGUUACUCUAAAAAGAGGAAAAGAUGAUAGCUAUCUCGGCCCGAUCUUCCCGCUGCUCCUCCUCCGUAUUAUGUAAACAAACCGUGACCUCCGCCAGCUGGCACGCCCUGUGACCUCUCAACCGUGACCUCACUCUCUGUACUUGUGGGGGAGGACAAAGCAACUGUUAGGGGACUUGUAUUAGGAAGGGCAACGAAAGAAAUCAAGGAAUAGCGUUGUUUUUGAGGCCGGUGCUGUGGAAGAAGCUAGCCGGGCACCCACCAGCUGAUCUGACGUCCUGUGACCCUCAGCCGUGACCUCACUCGCCGUGCCUGUAGGGGAGGAGAGAGUAACCGUUAAGGGACCUGGAUUAGAAAGGACAGCAAAAGGAAUCAAGGAAUACCGUACUUUUUCCGCUCGGUGCUGUUUACUUUCUUACCUACCGUAGUGGGAGAAGGCAGCCGAGCACCCAUCACCUGACGUCCUGUGACCCCGGAGUCGUGACCCGCCAGGCUGACCCCGCCCCCCUGUGCCCCGCCGUCCCCCCGCUGCAUGGAUUCCUGACCUCCCCUGCAAGCCGAGCCAUAAGGGAGAGGCGCCAUGGAGCCGCUGCUGGUGCUGACCGUGCUGUCCCUGGCCAUGCUGCUGGGCUGCUACAUCGCCGGGUCCAUCCCCCUCGUCAUGACCAUGUCCGAGGACCGCAUGGAGGUGGUGACAGUGCUGGGAGCGGGGCUCUUGGUAGGAACGGCCCUCACAGUUAUCAUUCCAGAAGGUGUUAACACACUCUUCAGCUUACACGAUCACAACAAGAGUCCUGGACUUGCAACGAGUGAGACUCACCACCAUGAGGCCGCAGCAUCAGAGAGCCACACUGAGCCACACAAUUUGGUGGGUCCGCCCCUCGUGCUGGGCUUCCUCCUCAUGCUCAUCAUCGACCAGUUCGCAGGAGGACACAGAAAGCCAGCUGACCCUGAGAAUGGCAACGGCCGUGGUCCACGCUCCUUCACGGCCACCCUCGGCCUGGUGGUCCAUGCCGCAGCGGACGGCAUCGCUCUGGGCGCGGCGGCGGCAUCCUCACACACCGACGUGGAGAUGAUCGUCUUCUUUGCUAUAAUGCUCCACAAGGCCCCAGCUGCUUUCGGCCUCGUGACCUUCCUCUUACACGAAGGUCUCGACAGAAAUAAGAUCCGUCGCCACCUGUUGAUAUUUGCCCUCGCCGCGCCGGUCGGGGCGUUCCUAACCUAUUGCACAAUUGUCAAGAGUGGCACAGAGACCUUCUCCUCGUCAAACAGCACCGGCCUGGCCAUGCUCUUCAGUGCUGGCACCUUCCUCUACGUGUCCACAGUCCAUGUGCUGCCGGAGCUGACCAGCCACAGCCACGACGGCAGCGGCGGCGGGGGCCCCUCACACUUCUCCCGCAAGCAGCUGACGGCCCUCAUCUGUGGCUCCCUGCUGCCGCUCAUGCUUACCUUCGGCCACCACCACUAGGCCCUCAAAAUGGUUGUGAGGCCAGGCCAGCGGUGCCACAGCUCAGAACAGUGGCGUUGUACACUCACUGCAAAAAAAACAAAAAAUAGGAAAGCAAGAAAGAAAACUGCAGUAUGUGGUCGGGGAACGAAAGAAUAACACAGUCUGGGGUUGGGGAAAGAAAGAAAAUGCAGUCUGGGGUCAGGAAAAGAAAGAAAAACGUGGUCCGGGGUCAUGGGAAAGUGUGUGGUAAGUCGCACGUAAUGUUGAGUAAGUUUAGCUAAAAAAUUACAAGUAUGGAAGUUAUCGUACACAUGGCAGUUCAGUUGGAGAUUGGGUAUGCAUCUGAAUAAGUCUGAUAUCUGACCCAGGGCUGUUUCUGUUUUUACUUUUUCUUUCUUUGCGGUGACUGAAGUAACGGCCCAAACCUGACCACUUCCUCAAGUUUGUUAGGCGUUCCACAAACCACCAAAGACAUUCAACAAUUUCUGGUGGAAUGUCGUGUUUUCUAGCUUCCUUAUGAAACACCAAAGGCUCUAGAAGAAACAUCCAUAUCAUUGACAUUUUCUGGAACAGCAACACACACGACCUUCUUUAUUAAACAGCAUAAGAAAUAUCGGCAUCAGUGUCAUUUUUCAGAACAUUCACACUCAUGACCUGACCUCCCCUAUUAAACAACAAACUCUUUAUAAGAAUUGUAUCAUUGGCAUUUUCCAGAAAAGCAACAUGCUUAACCCGGUAGCAGCAGGGAUCAUGUUUCUUAAUGGUCCCUCUAAGCGAGAAAAUGAAAAAAAAUCAUCACUCACACAAACCAUUUCAUAAUAUAUAUCAAAGCAUUUAUGAUCAGUUUAUGCAUCAUCUAUUUUGGGGGGUUUAUAUCAUGGCACAAAUUUGGCCCAUUGCUGCUACAUGGUAAAGCCACAAAUUUGGCCCGUCGCUGCUACCGGGUUAAGCUCUUCCAUCAAACAGCAAACACAUUUUAAGAAGUGUCUGGUUGAUACUGUCAGACGCUUCCUCCUCUCACAUCAGCUGUUUUCAAAGGCCAAAAUAGGAGAUCAAUUGGAUUUUAAUGAGCAUUCCCUUUAGGUUCAUGGUAUAAAAGUAGGGUCAGGGUACCACCAGGGUCAUAAAACUACCCAAGGAAAAGACCCAAACUCCUAUGAAAGCCUUGUUCAAUAUGUGAGCUUGAGUGCCAAAAUGCUUAUAAAUUUGGCCUUCUGUAUCAGUGGCAUUUUUCAGAACAAUCCACCUGAGUUUCUCUAAUGAACAGCAAACACGUCAUCAGGAAUAUCUGUAUCUGUGGCAUUUUCCAGAGCGCCAGCACACUUGAGGCAUUGUUUGGUUUAGGCCGUGACCGAGCCCUUGUGCUGAGCUGUGGAGGCGGCCUGGUAAGUGGUGUCUGUUUGGUUCUCAAGGUUCAGCUGAGUAAGAAUUGAGGCAUAUGAAGGAGAAAGAGUGCAAGGGACAGAGCCAUAGUUUGCACUGGGAAAGGUAAGGUCAGGCUACACAUCCCAGGAGGAACAAGAUAUAAAUCGCAAAGGAAAUUCAACCCUCGGUUCACCAAAUGCAAGGUUGCUUAUCCCUUGCAACUUGUUACUAGUUCUUCCUGGAAUGUGCAAACUAGAAAAAAAUGUCUGUCCUUUGUGCCCCUUCUCUGCUGGAUGCCUCAAAUAUCUUCUGCUGAGCUGUUGUUUUGUGAUAUAGGCAUAUGGUUACUUUGGUGAAACUUUCUCUCCCUCAGUGUAGUGAUAGUGGUCAGUGGUCAUUAAGUUUUAAGUAUAUAUUUGGGAAGACUAUUUUGGGUUACCAUAUAUAUAUUUGAACAAGUCAUUCACUCCAGGCUAGAAAACACGUACUCAGAGAUAUGAAACCAAUCUUGUGACAACUCGAAAAUUUAAACCAUUUCAAUUCGAUGCCUAAACAGUGUCAGACCUCACUCCGUAAAAUUCAGUUGUGAGCUUUUUCUUUUUGUUUUUGCAUUUAUUUCUAUCACUGAGUGACUGUGUUACGUACAGCAUAGUGAAGCAUUUGUUCUUCCAUAUAUUAACUUGGACGAUACUUUACGGUUAUGCAUGUCGGGAAGGGUUUGCUUAGUGUUAUGGGCCAAGGUGUGGGGAGAUGUGUGGUGGUGGUGUGGCGUGGUGUGUCUUGUGCUGUUGGUGUGAAGCGUGGCACAAAACCUGACUUUGGGGACUAGCUUGAGGCUGCUGGUGGGUUGUGGAUCCGUAUGUUACUGUACCACAUUGCCUGUCGCCUGAUUUUUUAAACGUCGUAACAAUAAUGUGGCUGAUAUGUCUUUUUUGACCCAUUUUUUUAAGGCGAGGUUAGUUGGUUUUGUUGAAUUUUUUUUUUACAUCUUUUAUUACGACUGAGUUUGAAAUAUGUUGACUAAACUUUGUGAAAAUUCUACACUUCCAACUAACUCCAUCGCAAAAAGUAAAGAAAGGAAAAGUGAGAGGUGUAGGACCGUGGAAAAUUGAUGGAGAAGAAGAGGAAUGUUGUGUCAGUAUUAGUAGGUGAUGUUAAAGGGACUGAGGAAGAAGUGGGAAGUAAAGAUAGGAAAAUAGAACUGAAAAGCCAAACCAGUCACAUAACUUAGUAAAUACUGAUACGAUGGUUAAAGAGUCUGGUGGACGGGUUGUGGUAGGCAGUCUGUGAUGUGUGGUAGAGUUUUCAGUGCCAGCAUCUGCAAGGCUCACCCGACUGUGCUCUAAAGACAACGUACAAGUGUUGAUGAGACAAGAUUGGAUGCCAGUAAAAUAUCUAGGGAGCGUGAGUGUUGUUUGUCUCCAUAACUUGUCUUAACUGACCUUGUCUUUGUUGAGGUAUUAUGUAUGUACAAUUGCCCCUCAAAUAGUACGGUUUCCAAUAGUUCGGUUUCGGUUUUAUACAGAUUGUCCGGUUUUAUACAGAUUGUCAUAGAAGAUUUUAGGAUUUUUAAAUUUCCUGCUCAUUGGGAUAUUUAAAAAUCCUUAAAAAUCUUAGAAAAUCCACAUAAAACCAAAACCGAGCUAUUGGAAACCGUACUAUUUGAAGGACGACUGUAUUGCUCUUAUUAUUAUCUUCCACGUGUGUGUGUGUAUCUUUCAUCAUAGCUUCUUCUGGACUCAGUUUCUCGUUCAUUUAGGGCUGUAUUAUAAGUCAAAUCCAAGAAAUUUCGGGUCCUUGCAGAGUUCAGGAUGAAUAACUCUGUAGGGACCCGAAACUUCUCAGAUUAAACUUGUAAUAUGGCCCCUAAACCGAUCUCUGCAGGGACCUGAAACUUCUCGAAUUCGACUGGUAAUAAGCCCCUCAGUGAUAGUUGUUUUCUCACAAGAAUUAUCAAGUUCUGUUAUAAUUACCAGAUUUCCUAGUGUUCAGCAGAUUCAUUAUUCUCCUUGUACCUGAACUUUCGAAUUUAUUUUAUUUUCAGUUUUUAGCAAGUGCUGUUGAGGUUCGAUGAUGAUGUCCUGUUCAUGAGAAAAAUCAGAGGCAUUCCUUUUUGGGGUUCAACAACAAUAGCAAAUUUAUCUUAACUGAAAACUCACUUAUUUCCCGCACUCUUUCGCCUUGCUGUUCCUGGUGCAGAUGAACAGAAGUUGUGUGUCAAUGUGUUGGAAAAUAUUACGCAUCUUGAGAAGAUUUAAAAUGAAUGGAGUACUGUGUGUGUGUGUGUGUGUGUGUGUGUGUGUGUGUGUGUGUGUGUGUGUGUGUGUGUGUGUGUGUGUGUGUGUGUGUGAGGACAAUAUAUUAUUUUGUCAUGAAUAUUUUAAGAAAAUUACUAUUGAAAAGGCUAAGAAUUCCAUUAAAUAAUUUGUUUUCUAUUAGUAUUAAGUAUAUAUAGUUUGUUGCAAAAUUGAUUCAAGCAACAUAUAGUAAAUUUUUAGGUCAUUGCUGAUUUAUGCCAAGUAUUGUGUGAAACUGUAAUGGUCUAAGUCAUGUGGAGAGAAGAAAUGUGUUAGUGAGAAAUAUUAAAUGGAUUGGGGAGAGAGUGAGAAGUAAAGAAAGGACAAAUGGGGGACUGUGGAAAACUAAUAGUGGGGGAUGUGAGGGGGACUGUGGAAGGAGUGGGAAGUAAAGAAAGGACAAGUGUGAGGUGGGGGACUGUGGAAAACUUAUAGUGGGGGAUGUGAGGGGGACUGAGGAAGGAGUGGGAAGUAAAGAAAGGGAGAUGUGGAAGACCAUGGAAAAUUAACUGAGCUGAAGAAAAUUGCUGUGUUAGUAUUAGUAGGUGAUGUCAAAGGGGACUGAGGAAGAAGUGGGAUGUAAAGAAAGGAAAGAAGUAAGAUGUGAAGGACCAUGGAAAGUUAACUGAGAGGAAAUGUUGUGUUAGUAUUUGUAGGUGAUGUUAAAGGAAGAAAAGAAAGAAGUAG